AUGCCUAAUUGGAAUCAAAUUCAGUCUCAACUGCGGCAUCCUGCGAAUCCGGUGGUGUUCUUCGAUGUGUCGGUGGGUACAACGGAAAUUGGCCGGAUGAUAUUUGAACUCUUUGCCGAUGUAGUGCCAAAAACGAGCGAAAAUUUCAGACAAUUUUGUACUGGAGAGUUUAAGAAAGACGGCGUUCCUUUGGGUUACAAAGGAGCUGGUUUUCACAGAGUCAUCAAGGAUUUCAUGAUCCAAGGAGGAGACUUUGUGAACGGAGAUGGUACAGGUGUUAUGAGUAUAUACGGGGGCGGUACGUUUUCCGACGAGAAUUUUACGCUGAAACACGAUACGCCCGGUUUGUUGUCAAUGGCAAACAGUGGCAAAGACACUAACGGUUGCCAAUUUUUCAUAACUUGUGCUAAAUGUAAUUUUUUGGAUGGUAAACACGUUGUUUUUGGUAGAGUUAUCGAUGGACUUUUAGUCAUGCGGAAGAUCGAAAAUGUCCCCACGGGACCUAAUAAUAAGCCUAAAAUACCAGUUACGAUUGUACAGUGUGGUCAAAUGUAA